ACGAAAGUUAAUUUACGCAUGCGCAAGCUAUUUCCAACAAACAAAGCUUGCAUAUUUAUAAGAAAAAAUACUACCAUGUCAGAAAAAGGAGAAGUUGAUUUAACUGGCGCCAAGCUAAAUACGGGUGUCUGGCUUGUUAAGGUUCCUAAGUACCUUGCUCAGCAAUGGGCAAAAGCCACGGGAAGAGGCGAAGUUGGGAAACUCCGAAUAUCCAAGAAAGGAAACCAAGGAAAGCCAGAGGUGUCUUUUACAUUAAAUGAAGAGUUGACGGUGAUUGAGGGUAUAGAAGACAAGACUGUGUCUGCACCUCGGGAACACCCGCUAACCAUGCAGACGGUGGGAGGUCAGACACUGGCUGUUUUCACAGAGAUGUCAUCGGGCCAGUCAGAAGAGAGAUCUGAUGGUGGCAGCUCAGGUUCGGGGGCGGGGUCUAGUCCAGAUAAAAUUGCUUUGGAAGGAGUAGUGGUACAGAGAGCAGAGUGCAGACCUGCUGUUAGUGAAAGCUAUAUGAAGCUUAAGAGGUUACAAAUUGAAGAGUCAUCCAAGCCAGUUCGGCUUUCGCAGCAAUUGGCUAAAGCAGUCACCAACAACUACAAACCUGUGGCUAACCAUGCGUACAAUAUGGAGUAUGAGAGGAAAAAGAAGGAGGAGGGCAAGCGAGCAAGAGCUGACAAACAGCACGUGUUGGACAUGUUGUUUUCUGCUUUUGAGAAGCACCAAUACUACAACAUCAAAGACCUGGUUGAUAUCACCAAACAGCCCGUGAUUUAUUUGAAGGAAAUCCUGCGUGAUAUUGGCAUCUACAAUGUGAAGGGCACGCAUAAGAACACUUGGGAGCUAAAGCCUGAGUAUCGACAUUACCAAGGUGAGGAAAAGACAGACGAUUAGAGCAAUUCAAAAUCACAAUUUGGUUGGAUGGAGGCUCCCUUCAUGACUGGCCUGUGGUCUCAAAAUACAACAGAUGUCAGCAGGUUUUCUGGUGGCUUUACUGGACAAGGUUGUUUUUCUUUGGGGGUUUAUUCUUAAGUGUGCACAUUCUUUCUGAUGUGGUGUGUGGCAAACCAUUUGUUCCUUGACUUAUUUGUAACAUGUUAAGAUAAAAUGUUUUAGCAGUAUAUUUUGGAAGAGGCAUGACUGCCAACAUAAUGCACAAGGACCAAUGUUUUGAUGGUUUUACAGUGCUUUAAUUAUUUUUUUUAGCUUUGUAUUUCAUGUCUGCCAUUGCUGAAAUGUUUAACUGUUUCAUGUUGGAAUAACUCGUGCAAUAAAUUUGCUUUGGAUUAAUUUCAUAA